UCAGCCUGUACUCUCUGGGUUUCAUGUCAUUUUGGAGCUGCUGUUAGUCUGAAAAGGAAGACAAGUAUUAAAAGUAUUCUCUUUUGGUAUCUGCCAACCUCAGAGCUGAAACUUGAAUCUGAAGGAUUAAAUAUACUGGGGCUGGCUAGUAUACACUAACAUAUAGCUCUGUAUGAUGACUAAAUGAAAAUGAAAGCUGUACAUUUGUGCUUGUGACACAGUUUCACCUGGAGUGAACACAUCCUGGGAUAUGAGUGCUGACAGUAUACACCAAUGAAUUGCAUUAGAUAACAGGAGGAAGAACAAUGACUGAUAUAUACUAGGACACUACAGAGAUCCAUGGACUAAGACUGUACAGAGAUCUAGGGCUCCCACAGUUUACACUAGGAGGACUGGACAUAGAUCUCAACAUCCAUAGCUUUACCAGAUCUGAGCAACUCUAAUACUCAACAUGUGGUGCUUCUCUGCAAUCUGGUUGCUUCCCCUGAUGGUUGUGCAGGCUCAGGAUGUUGGCCAUCUCUUGUCAGACGUUCUGUUUUGCCAGCCUCAAGCCCCACAUUUUGGCCUGCUGAAAAUGUUUAAAGACGAUCAGAUGUUUACGUAUAAUUUUUCUGAUCACUCAGCAAUCCCUCAAAAAGCAGAGUUCGAGAAGUGGGCUGGCCAGAGCUUUCCAAAUCCUACAAAUAUAUCCUAUGAACUAAAGCUAUGUCAAACAUUUCUGGAGGUGUUGACUGAAGUACUGGAGAACAUCACACCAGAGGCCAAAGCUGAUACACAAGUGACCGUAUUAACUGCACAUCCGGUCACCGUGGGUUCGCCGAACACGUUAAUUUGCUUCGUUGGUAAUAUGUAUCCGCCUGUGUUAACCAUCACGUGGUAUAAGAAUGACCAGGAGGUGACAGAAGGGAUAACCUACUCUGGGUACUCUGCAGUGCUAGAUCCUCACUCCCAGACCUUCAGCCGAAACUACCAGACCUUCUCAUACCUAAACUUCACUCCUCACAGUGACGAUACAUACACCUGCAUUGCGCAUGGUGGAGGACAAAACGCAACUUCAACUGUUGGAUACUGGGUUGCGGACAGCACCGUCCCAUCUGAUAUACUGGAGAACGUUCUGUGUGGUUUGGGUAUUGGCCUGGGAGUCCUGUUCCUCAUUGUGGGGAUUGUGUUCUUCUACCUGGCUUCUAGAGAAACAAACACUGAUUGAGCCAAUGGGACUUGACAGAACCUCCUAUUUCUAGAUGAGUCAGUGUCCUGAUGACUGUUAUCCCUGAAGGUGUAUGCUCAAUGAUUCUGACCUCAAUGGACAAGCCAUUAUCCACUGUUAGCCAACAUCAGAAAUGUUGUACUUGAUUUCUUGACGAACACGUUCCCGUCCACCAAGCUGCACUGAGUUAUACUUUGGACUUUCACACAAACUGUUAAUGAAUUAAAUGAAGGGUAAAUUAAUUCAGGGAUAAAUUAAAGGUAUUUUAAUUCAAAGCAUUAUGAAAUGAUGAAUAGACCCACACAGUGUGUCUGAUAUGAGCUUAGCUUUUUAGCAGUGAGUUCAUUUUCCCAUUUCCACAUUCUUCGUGUCUUGCUUUACCGCUGAGUAUUUGGGAGAGUGCAUGUGAAGAUGUUAGUGACACUCACAGAUUGUAUUGCAGCAGAGAUAAUAUUAGAAAUGUAUAACAUGUGAGAUUAAACUGUGACCAGGAGAAGGAUACAUUAUACAGCAAGAUCUAGUAAAACGCAGUGGAUCUAUGGAGGGUGCCAUACAUCAGGGCACUGGUUUUCAUGCUGGUGUGCUCCAUACCACCUAAAUUAUGUGCCAUGAAAACAUCUGCUUCAGGAAUAUAAAAAGCUGAAAACAAUCCUUUAAUAUGUAUUUUUUAAUAUGUCAUUAAAAUUAUUCUCAUCUGGCAAUUAAAGUUAGUACAUCAAUUUAGCUUAAAGCAUGUGCUAUACAUGUUGGGAAUAUCUCUCCAGCAAGGAUACCAAUAAGUGUGACAUUUAUGAGGGACCCAAAGUAAAAACAAAUAAAGUAUGCAGGCCAUGCAAAUAUGUUCUCUCACCGAUGCAUGUCUUGGUCCAAAACAGGCUGAGAAUUACUACACUAGUAGUUUCUCUUUACUGUGCACAAACCAUUGAUAAGGCUGCUCUUGAUUGACAGAUAAAUAACUGAGAGGUAUCUAUCUAUUCAUUCCUCUGUGUUUAGAAUGUUUAUGAAUUGUAUGUGGAUUUCUGACUCGUAUGCAAAGUGAAAUGUGGGUCUUUACUGAGUGCUUGUGCAUUUAGGUGAUACUGUCGUGUGUGGAUAGAUGGUACUACUACUGAGGUAUGGCUUAUAUGCAAUUUCCAAUUCUUUCAUUUCUAAUAAAAUGGCCUUUGACAA